AAUGUUUAGGAUUUUAUUUUUUUUUGUGUAUGAUCGAUACCUUUUCUAAAUUUCGAACAACCUUCCUCGUGAGAUCGACCCGGGAAACGAAUCUUUCGAUUCGGUACUCGGCAAAAAGAAUAAUUUGUACACAACAAAUUUUGCGCCGUUGCCGGGGAAGGCAAGUAGGAUAUUUAGUCUUGGUAUUGAUUUUAUAUUCCGUGUUUCUCUUUAUUUUGUAUUUUUCGUGUUUUUGUUCUUCCUUUUGUGCUUCUUUGUUUUCUUUUUGUCUAUUUAGUUUUUGUUUUCUUCGUUUUCUUUUUUUGUUCAUGGCUACGCGUGGUUGUUCUAUUUUGGUGUGCAGGAGAUAUGAACUUCAACCGUGCUUCUCCUAUCCGCACACCCAACCUUGGGGUUAUGAGCCGAGCUAUCACGAUGGGUACCAUAGCAAUUCAUAUCCGUACUCUUCCGAGCAGUGCUGGGAUCCUUACACAGUCGAGCAAAAUUAUGAGUCCCACGAGUUUAACGAGAAGCUCGACCGUAUCUACGUUUUUGCAGCACCCCUGUUAUCUCAAGAAGAAGAGACCGUAGCCUGGUGUGCCCGUCCGAACCAGCCACCUCCUUACCAUGAUUCUUGGGACUUCGGCCAGACCUUAUCAUAUCUUUACGAGCAGCAGUGGGAUUCCUGGCCCGUUGAGCAGCCAUAUGAGUCCCUCGAGGAUUCUUCAGAGUACAAUGCCAAGCUCGACCAGGCCCUCACUCUUUUGGCAUCCCAAGAGGCCCGUAGGAGAAAUCUGGAGUCUAGAAUCGAGCACUUA